CAGCCAGUCGCGCUCCGGCAUCGGAGACUCGCGCGCGCGCCCACUCACGCUCGAACCUGGAACCUAUUCCUAAUUUGAUAUGACCGGUCCGAAAAACAAAAAACUGUCGCGCCAGCACCGUGUUCCGAACGCCACGGUGACCGACCGAGUGGAUUUUUUGUAAUUAGUGUUUUUUUGUGUGUGAUAUUAUUUUCACGGGAAAUACCUACCUACUGAGCCUACGAUGUCCCGAAUUGUACUAAAUGGAUGUUGAACUGAAUUAAGCGAACUAUGAACAGUGAUAAUAGUUUUAAAAACAUUUCCACCGUGACGUAAUAAAAGUACAAUCAAAAUGAAAAACAGCGAAGAAUGUUUAAAGGACUCUCCAUCAAGAACUCUAACAAUAUUGUGAUAUAAAUUGAUCUUUAAUUAAUUAAAAAGUUAAGUUUUGUAUAUUGUGAUUGUUGAUAUUAUAAAAAGACGUUAAUAUAUAAAGACAGUAUAUUCUAUAUAGAAUUAAGUAAAACCAGUGAUAAAAACGGGCUGAUAGAGCCUACUUCUGAGUAGGCUGAAAGUGGAAGUAUUCAGUCCCAGGCAGAGACAAGUGGAGGCAACGGCGGCGACGCAGGCAUGGGAAUCAAAGUCAUGAUGAAAGCUUUCAAUAAGCCUAAAGACAUCCCGUCUCAGGUGCCGCCGCUGACGCCCGGCACCAACAAGAAGAUGGCCGAGGCGCUGAAGGCCACCUUCGCCUCUUGGGAGAAGGAGCAGCUGCGUCUCGGCGUACCUAAAGACCCGCGACAGUGGAGCGAGGCAGCGGUCACCGCGUGGCUGCGCUGGGCCGCCCGGGAGUUCUCUCUGGAGGGCGUGGCUCUGCAGCAGUUCGCCCGGGCCCAGGGCAAGGACAUCUGCGCCAUGGGACGAGAGGCCUUCGUGGCCCGCGCGCCCGCCUUCAUGGGAGAUAUAUUGUGGGAGCAUCUGGAGAUACUACAGAAAGACGUGGAGAAGGAGCGGUCCCUGCUGGCCAACGUGCCCCCCAACAUGUACGAGAGCAACGUGUGCCUGCCCGAGCUGCCCGACUACCUGCCCCCGCCCGCGCACCACUACAACAAUAAUAAUAAUACUGGCGGGUACACCACGGGAGGUCCUCGAGACUCCCAGUACGGAUACGCCGAGCCCACGGGAGCCGCCGCCGCCCCCGCGCCCCCCUCCGCCGCCCCUUCGCCCCUUGAUGAGUACUACCAGCCGGAGUACCCGGGCCCGGCGCCGGCGCCGCUGUACUCGGAGGAGUACUACCAGCACGCGCACCCGCAGCCGCUGCUGCACGACCACAAGUACCAGCCGCACGUGUACACCAAGCCUUAUCCAAGAGGCACAGGCGCCCGGUACGGCGGCGAGGGGUACGGGGAGGGGUACGCCACAGAGUACGCGAGUCCCUGCGGCACAGAGUGGAGCGAGUGGCAGGGCGACCAGCACACGCUCAUACCGCAGGACAAGCUGCCGUAUGCCGGCUCCGGACCGCACUUUACCGGUUCAGGCCCCAUCCAGCUGUGGCAGUUUCUGCUGGAGCUGCUCACUGACAAGAGCUGCCAAGGAUUCAUCUCGUGGACCGGCGACGGCUGGGAGUUCAAACUCACUGAUCCUGAUGAGGUGGCCAGACGCUGGGGUAUCCGCAAGAACAAACCCAAGAUGAACUACGAAAAGCUGUCGCGCGGCCUGCGCUACUACUACGACAAGAAUAUCAUACACAAAACCGCGGGCAAACGCUAUGUCUACCGCUUCGUGUGCGACCUGCAGAGCUUGCUCGGAAUAUCGCCGGAACAGCUCCACGCAAUGUACGAGCCCAAGAUGGAGAAGAAAGAGGAGGACUGAACUCAAGCACUCACUCGCGACUCGCCGCUCAUCUCGUCACCACAUUUAAAUUAUUGCCCAGUCACUGUCACUCGUUCAUGAUUUCAGUUGUCUCCUACUUAAUCUGUGUAGGUGGCGUCCAUGUCGCGUUUGAUUCAACAGUCUGUGUUCUGAUCUCCCGUGCAGCAGCAGUGGACUCGUCAUUGUCUCUCAUCUCAUAUUCAUAGUCCCAGAUAAACCAAUGGUGCCUUAAUACAUCCCGGAUCCCAGCGUACAUUUCACACAAUACUUGUUCAUUUCCUACAUAUCGGUCACAGUCACUUCCUAGCGCCAGUAUUAUGCGGCACUGUAUCUUGUCAAAUGAAAUUAAAUUAACAAAACUUGCAUACGAUAGUCGAGUUACAUUUCAACAAGCCAAUUCGUUUGUCAACUAGUGAAUUUUAUACCAUUCGUUUUAAUAUACAUUUAAAAUGAUAUAUUUGCAAAAUUAAGUGCUAAAAUAGUGAAAUUCUGCAUCAUUUUUAACGAUAAACUGUAAAUAUAAGUUAAUUUUGUUACUUUAUAAAGAAUAAUUAGGUAUUAUAUUAUAGUAGGUAUUAAGUGUUGUAUGUUUGAUUCGCAAAUUGUUGCAAUAUGCGGCUUAAAUUAAAUACAUAGGGUAGGGCGAUGAUGAUACUGAAACGAUUUUUAUAAGAUAAUCUCAAAAUGAAAAAUCCAAAGAUUUCUUGUUCUAAAUUCCCACCAACACAAGGGUGAAGUCAAAUGACUAUUUGUACGUAUUUUAUUACAUAUCAGAUUUUUACUUAUUAAAUUACAAAGAAAACCUCCAUGUGUGUCCGAAUCGAUGGUCAGUUAGUAGAAUCGAAUCUCAAUUCGAUUAAAAGAUGGCCGAUUCGAUUAUGAAUAUCGGAGAGGUACUCACUCAGUUUCAAUACUUGAAGACAUCGGGUCCCGUGUGAAUUUGUCGUUGAUCUCGUGCUAAGGGAUUGUAAUGUCUUACUAGAUAUGAAAUUAAUUAGUUGUAUUAUUUUCAAUUUUUAUAGCUCCUAGAAUACACCGAAGAUAUUUCCAUAAGUUUUAUUUUAUAAAAUAUCUUUCCUCCAUCAAUAUUAUACUUUGUUUCAAGUGGUUAUUUCGGACUCACUUGAAUAAGCUAAUAAUGUAAUCGGUGCUUCUAGUGUUUUUUUACGUAUCUAUAAUUUAUGAUCCAUCUUCACCAUGGCAAUACUUUAAGUUUGUAUAAUGUCUUCCUGCCUGUUCAUACAUCAAAUUUAGGUAAUUCUCACUGAUCAAUAGUUAUCCAAAAUAAGAUUCUUUCAACAUUAUCCUAACUGGAAUAUAUGCCAUAUAAAGUGAGAGAACUAUUGUAGUUAUGGCCAAAUUUUUUAAUGUAUAAAUGUCGUUGUAUGUAUUGAUGGAAGAUAUAAAAUUAAAUAUAUAUAUUUACAAAAUGA